AUGUCCAAAGGUGGAAUGUGGGCCAAGUCCAUCGCGGGUGGCAUCCUCUUCUGUAUCGGAGGUCCUGCACUCGUUCAAUAUCUUCGGCCUACAGACGCAGAGCUCGUCUCUCGAUACAAUCCUGAUCUUCAGAAACGCAGUGCGGAACAAGGUGAUCGGAAGGCGCAGGAAUUCGAUGACUACGUAACCAAGUUGAAGGAGUGGUCAAAGUCGGACAAAUCAAUCUGGUACGCGGCUCAAGAAGAGCAGGAGCGCGAGAAAGCUCAGCGUGAGGCACAGCGUGCUCGGCAAAAGGAGGAAGCGAGGAUACAACGAGACGAGAUGCGGAAAGAAUUGCUGGGCGACAAAUAG